AUGUCAGCUUCGGCCAAGCUUCAGACGAACAGUGCUGGUCCCACUGACGGGUCAGAAUCCGGACCGAUCAUGGCGGAAGAUUUGCAGCGCUUGCCUCUUAAGCAGCUAUCUACCAGCCGCACGGCUUUCUUGGAGCUCUCGAAAGAGCUGUGGCGAGGAUCUCCAGAAAGAAAGGAUCCUGAAGACAGAUCCGAUUGUCACCGUGUCUCUCGUAAACGUGGAGCGGGAGUGCUAGCCCCGCCAAAACCUCCGAAUUCGGGUUCCAGAGAAUGUUCCCCGUCUAAGGUUGUUCGGAUGCAGCCAUGGCAAAGAGCGAGGGAGAGAGAAAAAGACGGGGUUCGGCCGCCAACAUGGCAUUCUCCUCCGACAGGCAAAAGUCGGAUCGAAUGCCGUCUGCGGGGAGGCUGGGACACCAAAGACAUGCUCCAUGUCAGCUUUGGCACGAGGAAAGGUAUCUAA